AUGUCCGGCAAAGGGUAUCUCGAGCAAACCAGUUUGCACUCACAGGCAAAAUGGAGAUCGGCGCUCUUAACAUAUCCUGGAAACCUAAAGGAGGCUUUACGAGAUGCUCAGAAGGAUUCAAAAAAGACAUUGUUCGGUGUCGCUCAGGGGAUUCCGAGCCCAUUUUUAACGAAAGUGUAUGCCUCCACUAGACCGGACUUUGUAUGGUUUGAUGUUGAACAUGGCAUGUUUGAUCGUUUGGUGCUUCAUGACGUUAUUCAUGCAGCCCAACACCACUCCGAAGGUCAGACCAUGGCUAUUGUCAGAGUGCCAAAGGAAGAUGAGAUUUCUUUGACUACGGCAUUGGACGCGGGCGCUGCUGGCAUUAUCAUUCCACACUGCGAAAGCAAAGAAGAGGUUGAAGAAUUUAUGAAAAAAAUCUACUACCCUCCUCUUGGUGGUCGCUCAUUCAGCCCAUGGGUCUUCACUCCCGGCAUCUCGGAUGCGUCCUUAUAUGCAAAUGAUGCGUUCAAUAUGAAAACUUCGAACAACCAUGUCGCCGUCAUCGCACAAAUAGAGAGCGUCAAAGGUAUUGCAAACGUGGAUGAUAUUGCGUCCAUACCCGGAAUCUCAGCACUGAUGUUCGGGCCUGGAGACUUCAUGGCAGACGCGGGACUGGAGUUGACUCUGGGACAACCUCACCCUACUCUCGCUGCUGCCAUGGAAAGCAUGUCCAAAGCUAGCAAGAAACAUAAUGUUCCACUCUUCGGCGCAGCUAUGAAUCUCGAUAUGGUCCCAAUGUUAAUAGAAUCUGGUCAUAGAGCUAUUAUGGUCAUGCUGGAUGUAUGGGGUAUUGCUAAUAUGGUAAAGUCGAAUCUAGAGAAGGCAAAAGGGUUCCUUUCGACUUAA